AUGAGUGCCGAACCUGAGCAUGCUGCUGGCGAAGCCGACGCCGACGUCAGCACCCAGAGUGAGAAUGUAGGAUCGGUUUCCCUGGAGUCUAUUCAGGGAGAAUCUUCCCUCCCUUCAAGUCGUCGGUUCGCCUUUCCUGCAGCAUUGGCAGCUGCGCUUGUCCUUGUCGUUGGUUUCCUCCUAAAAAACCAACUGGUUCCCCUGUCCGUUUUACCUGGCGUAUCUCCCGGAAGCCCAGAUGGACCAUCGAGCGAGUAUGACGAGUGGGGACUGCCUUUGCUUGCCCAUUUUGAGGAAACGCUCACUCCAACGCUGAAACACGGGAAGGAUGCAAUCUCUGAAGCAGCUGUCGAGGCUUACACUGACGAAUUCGCCUUUCCUGUUGUUCCGCUGCAGUUGCAGGGUAUAGUGGCUGCAGCAUUGUCCAGUGGUCAAGCAGAUUCCCUGUUAGGGCUAACCGUGAACUUAGAAGAUGUUAAACGCCUUACACCAAGUGAAGAGGGCAAGCCUGUCCCUCGGAAUCUUUACAUCAGCAAUGUGGUUGGCUUCGAUUCAGGAGGUAUACUGGUGGAGGCCCAGGAAGACGAGACCCAGCGCAUUUUCACGAUGCGUAUACGCAUGGUUUAUGCCCAAACAGCGGCGAAGUUCCCUGAUAACGCCUCGUUUGUGCAGGCAGUAAGAAGCUUGGAUCAAUUUGACGAGGAGGUAGCGAUUCAUGUCUGCCAAGGCGUUCAGCAUCUCCAGCAGUUUUCGUCGCAGGGAAUUGCGGUGCCUGAGUACACUGCCAAUAUUUCGGGAGCCCAAGAGGCAACCCUUGUCAGUGAUUAUUAUGUCUUUGGAAGAGUUCAGCUUUUGGAGAGGCUGCAAGGAAAUCUCAUGUCUCUAGAUCUACAAAGCCAGGUUAUCUCACGGUCCAAGGAAUACAUCGCGAGCCGUUUGUUGCUGAUCGUGCUCAAACUGCAGCGAGCAGGAGUCGGCAUCACGAACCUAGACUGGAAUACAAUGCAGGUGCGAUUUGACGGCAGUUUUGUCGUGGAAACGUUUCACUCAUCUGGGCCUUUUGGGUCCGCACUCGGUGUAUUUGCAGUAUUAAUUCCCCAUAGAGUGGAGCCUCAACUAGCCCUGUCAUAUGCCAAGUCACAGCACUCGGACCAUCCAGUAACAUUUCAACCGGAUAGUGCGCUGUGGAUCCUCGGAACCCUUCUUUACGAGCUGUUUACGAACGGAGAGCUUCCGUAUGGUUCAGAUGAAUGCACCGAUAUGGAACAGGCAAAACAGCUAGCAGAGCAGCUCUUAGCAAAUCAGACGCGGUCUGAUUCCCUGCUGUCACGCCUGGAAGGUGCAGAUGUCCCCCCAAGAUGGAGAUCGCUCAUACUGCGGCUACUGGAGCCCGACAGUGCCCAUAGGAUUACCAGUCUGGGGAUUGUGAAGGAAUUCCCUGAUCUCACGCGACAGAUUUCCACUGAAUCACGCGAGUAG